GGGCUCCUGCUUCAAGUUUGCACCCGCGGAGGGCAUCAUUGCACCGGGUGGGAUCCAGACUAUUCAGAUCUCCUUCAAUGCCACUGUGUUGGGGUGCUUUGAGGAACGAUUCCAGUUCAGUGUGGCUGGAUCUCCUACGCCUGUGAUCCUGACCAUCAAGGGGCAUGUCACCGGACCGACUUUACACUUUGACGUCGAUCAGCUCGACUUUGGUGACAUCUCCUUUGAGAGCAAGCCCAUAAAGCCUUUCCUGCUUCUCCACCAUGGGCAAUUGACAGAGUUUGAUGUAAUUUUCAAACCCACCCUGGCUCAACGUCUGGAAGGGAAGAUUCGUGUGUUAGUGGGGGACAAAUACUCUAACAAGACCCUAACAGAGCUGGUGGGUGAAGGCCACAAGGAUGAAUUCACCCUCGAUGGACUAGAGAAGGAGGACAGGAAUGCUAAGAGGAGUCUGGAGAAAGACAUCAUUGAUGCUGUCAGGGUGAAUCACAUCCAGUUUGGGGACUGUCCUAUCGGAGAGCCCUGCCACAGGACCUUCACCAUCACCAACGACACCUGUGUGAAGGUCAUACACUUUGAGGGGGAGGCAAACGCCCCAUUGCUGUUCUCCCCCAAGGUGGAACAUCUCCAUCCCGGCUGUGCCAAGGGCAUCACAGAAAUGCCAGUGACCUUGAAAUCAGAUGUCCCAGCCACCCUCAGGAGGGACCCUGUGAAAUGUAAGGUGACCAAGAUCAACUUUGAGCAGCCACAAGAGAAGGUUCAGGAUGGGGACGACCAAACGUGCAUUGGCACAUGCAAGGAUACCACCACCAGGAAAGACUCAGCAGCCCACCGGCCUGUAAAACAGAAGACGCUUCCCUCUAAAUUCCAGAGGGAGAAGUUUCUCAACGAAAAGAAUCAAGCCCGUACUGGGGGUAGUAUUCCGCCCAGAAUUCCAGACAUGAGUGACACUGGUCAAAAGCUGACUCCCUCUGCCUUCCAGAAGGAGAUGUCUCUCACCACCAAGCAGAGGCUGGCCAGAGCUAAGAAGCUGACUCUGCCUCAGAUUGUCCAGCCUCAAGCCAAACAUGAGACCUCCCAUCACAAGUCCUCGGCAACUGACCCAGAGCAGAGCUCAUUUCAGCCUUGCCCACCAGAGGUGGUGUUUCAGAACUACAGCCCUGGUCAGGUCUGUGAAAUACCAGUGCUUCUGAGGAACAGGGACAAGGUUCCUCAUCUGCUGAAGGUCACCCUGGAGAGCUUACCUUAUUUCAAGCUGGUAGGCCCCAAUGAUGUGUACCGCAAGGUGCCACCAGGCCUCUACACCACUGUCCGCAUCCUCUUCACCCCUGCAGAGAACAAGGAUUAUUUCCACAAGCUGGUCUGCAUCACUGAAAGGGAAGAGUUCAUUGUGCCAAUUCGGGCCAUUGGUGCCCGAGCCAUCCUGGACUUCCCUGACCAGCUGGACUUCUCGGAGUGUCCGGUCAAGUACAGCACCCAGAAGACUCUGCUGGUUCGCAACAUCGGUAACCGGGCAGCUCAUUACCAGCUGAGCACCCAGAGCCCUUUCUCUGUCAUUCCGGCCAUGGGAGCUCUGGACAUCGGCGACGCCAUGCAGGUGACAGUGGGAUAUGAGCCACUGAAGGCCGGUGACUGUUCCACGUCCCUUGUCGUGCACUACGACACAGGGGAAGACACCUACACAAGCCUUCAUGGGAGAGCUGUGGAUGUCGCCAUUGGGCUGGACAGGAACAGUGUCACAUUUGGGGAGACCUACAUCACACUGUCCAAGAGGACAACUGUGCGCAUCCACAACCUGAGUGAUAUCACAGCCCGCUUCCAGUGGAAGGCUGUUGAUACUCAGGGAGAGGAGGAGCUGAAGCUGAGCUGCGGGGUUUGUCUCUCCUGUGGCUGCAGGCGGUAUCAAAGGCUGUGUCAGCUGGAAAAGGAGGCGUUCCGUGACCUGGAGGCGUGCGGAGUGGACACCACUCGCCGAGAACUCUUUCCUAAUCUCACCCGCAGGCUGCAGAGUGAGAAGGCAAAGGUGAAAGGAGAUCCCAUGCUGUUCAAAAAUGAUAUUUUCUCCAUUGAGCCAAAGGAGGGCGAGAUCAGGCCGAAUUGUUGGGCUGAAAUCAGCGUGUUCUUUAAGCCCCGGGAAGCCCGGGUCUAUGAGCAAGCAGGUUACUGUGACAUCUCAGGCCGUGAGAAGAGGCUGCCCCUGCACCUCAUAGGGGAAGGCCUCGGGCCCAGGCUCCUCUUCAAGUACAAGGAACUGGACAUCGGGGAGGUUUUUCUCACAGCAAACCUCAGAUAUAAGACGAUCCUGUUAAACAGAGGGCUUAUUGCGGCUCCCUUCAGCCUCGUCCCUCCGACCACAGCCAUGGGCUCCUGCUUCACCUUCCUGACCCAGGAGGGCAUUGUGGCACCGAAUGGGCUCCAGGCCAUCUGGAUCUCCUUCCGUCCCACCAUCCUGGGGGCGUUUGAGGAACGAUUCCAGUUCAGUGUGGCUGGAUCUCCUACACCUGCCAACCUGACCAUCAAGGGUUUUGUGAUGGCACCGACUUUACGUUUUGAUGUGCCCACCCUCCACUUCGGUGACGUCUCCUAUGGUUUUCCUCGCACCUUGAAGUGUCGCCUGUUCAACACCUCCCUGGUACCCCUGGACGUCAACCUCCACAUUCCUGGGGACGGCUCCGGACAGCCCAGUGUUGAAAGCACUGAUCAGAUGCUCAGACUAAGUAGCCAGUCUUGGAGGAAGGAAGCUCGAGGGGUUAUGAAGCCGAGGGAAUUUGCCAUAAGUCCCUGCAGAGUCGGUGUCCCUGCCCAGGGAUCUGCGGAUAUCCAAGUCGCCCUGUGUUCCAACACCGUCGGAGACUACAAGCUGGAGCUGGUGGUGGACGUGGAUGGUGUUGGCAAGAAUGUGCUGGCACUGACCCUCACAGCCAGAUGCAUCGUUCCUCCCCUGCGAGUGCUCAACCCUGCAGUGUGGUUCGACCACUGCUGUCUCCAGACCCCCUACACGGAGAAGCUGACCCUUGUGAAUGACAGCGACUUUCCUGGCUGCUACUGUCUUCUCCCUCAGGAAGACAAAGAGAAGGCGGCUGCAUGGUACUCCAGCUCUGUGCCAUCUGGGAUUAUCGAAGCUCACAGCUCAGUGGAGAUCCCAAUUACACUUGAGGCCCAGUUGGUGGGAGAGUGCAACGUCCCUGCUGAGCUCGCCGUGUUUGGGAGAGAAGGAUCCCCACUGGAGAUAAAUUUUGGCAAAAUCCCAGUCCUACGAGACCGUUCCAAAAGUCUCCAUCUCUCCAAUCAGAGUGGCAUUCCUGCAGCCUUCUGGGCAAAGAUGGCUGGGAAACGCUCAUGCUGGAGGAUUGUACACAGCAAAGGAGUGAUCCCCCCUGACUGUGAUCUGGAUCUGACUGUCAUAGCCAAUGUGAACAGCACCGGAAAACUCCAGGACAAGGUGAAGGUGUUCAUUGAGAACAGCCUUACGAUCAUCGUCCCAGUCCAGGCUGUGGGCACGCGCACCACAAUUGUCAGCAACAAGCCCCUCGGUCCAAAGCUCGACUUGGGAUCCCACUUCAGCUUCUCUCCCUGCCGUUAUGAGUUCCAGCUGACAAACAAAGGACGCCACUUACAUCAGCUCUACUGGCGCACAGAAGGUUUCCACAUCUUGCGGCAGAGUUCUUGUCGCCCUGCCCUCGGUGGCACCAAGAGCAAAGGUGCUUCCCAGAGCCCCAGGCCCGGCCACCCCGUGUUUAAGCUCCAGCCGCCGCAGAUAGACCUGAGGCCAGGCCAGACUGUGGACAUGGUGCUGGAAGGCUGCUCCAGCACUGUCCAGGAGGUGGAGGAGCGGCUGCUGUGUCAUGCUAGGGUGGAGAAAGAGAAAACAAAACAGAUCAUGCAAGUGGAUGUCACCUGCAAGUUCAUUCGCCCCGUUGUGCAGAUCUCUUCCAGAGCAAUCACUUUCCGUGUGGAAAAGGUAAGUCUCCAGAUUGCAUGCUGGCAUUUAAAGGUGUAA